UCCCCCGAAGAAGAACGAGUACCUGUUCACAGUGCUGGCGGAGGAGCCGGACGCCCUGCUGCUGGGCCUGCGGUACUCGCCCACCCGGCUGCACUUCCUCUUCCUCAGCCAGGACACGGCGGGGUCCUGGCAAACCCGGGUGACCUUCCGCAGCCCCGCUCUGAUGGACAGCCAGUGGCACACGCUGGUCUUGGCCGUAUCCGAAGGAUCCUUUUCCCUCACCACGGACUGCGGCCUCCCGGUGGACAUAAUGGCUGACGUGCCCUUCCCGGCCGGCCUGUCAGUGCGAGGAGCCCGGUUCUUCGUCGGCAGCAGGAAGAGGACCAAAGGCCUGUUCACGGGCUUGGUGAGGCAGCUGGUCCUGCUGCCCGGCUCAGACGCCACCCCGCGGCUCUGUCCCUGCCCGAGUGCCGAGCUGGCCGUGCUGUCCAUCCCUCCUGUCCUGCAGGGUAUCCCAGGGAAGCCAGAAGAUAAUGAGGUGCUAAAAUAUCCCUAUGAAACGGACGUGAAGGUGACGCUAGGCUCCCGGCCUCCGUGCACCAGGAAGGAGGCCGCCCAGUUCUGGUUCGACGCCAGCCGGAAGGGGCUGUUCCUGUGCGUGGGCAGCGAGUGGGUCUCCGUGUUAGCAGCGGCCAGGGAGAAGCUGGACUAUGUGGAGGAGCAGCAGAGCCUCCUCACCACCUCGGAGACGCUGGGCCUGGAGGUCUUUGCCAUCCCCGAGGCCGGGCUCUUCGUGGCGGCCGCCAACCGCAAAGCCACGUCUGCCAUCUACAAGUGGACCGACGGCAAGUUCGCCUCGUACCAGAACAUCCGCACGCACCAAGCCCAGUCCUGGAGACACUUCACCAUCGGGAAAAAGGUCUUCCUGGCUGUGGCUAAUUUCGAGCCGAAUGAGAAGGGUCAGGAGUUCUCCGUCAUUUACAAGUGGAGUCAGAGGAAGCUGCGCUUCACGCCGUACCAGAGGGUCCCCACCCACAGCGCCCGGGACUGGGAGGCCUUCGAGGUGGCUGGGGAGCACUUCCUGGCCGUGGCCAACCACCGGGAAGGCGACAACCACAACAUCGACAGCGUCAUCUACAAGUGGAACCCGAGGACGCGCCUCUUCGAAGCCAACCAGACCAUCGCCACGUCCGGCGCCUACGACUGGGAGUUCUUCACCGUGGGGCCCUACUCGUUCCUGGUGGUGGCCAACGCCUUCAACGGCACGUCCACGAAGCUGCACUCGCACCUCUACGUCUGGCUCCUUGGCUCCUUCCGGCUCUUCCAGGCCUUCCUGACGUUCGGCGCCGCCGACUGGGAGGUUUUCCACAUUGGAGAGAGGGUCUUCCUCGCGGUCGCCAACAGCCACAGCUACGACGUGGAGACGCGCGUGCGCAACGACUCCUACGUCAUCAACUCGGUCAUCUAUGAGCUGAACGUCACCGCGCAGACCUUCGUCAAGUUCCAGGAGAUUCCCACCUGCAGCGCCCUGGACUGGGAGUUCUUCUCGGUGGGAGAGGACUACUUCCUCGUGGUGGCGAACUCCUUCGACGGGAACACCUUCUCUGUCAACAGCAUUAUUUACAGGUGGCAGGGCUACGAGGGCUUCGUGGCGGUGCACAGCCUCCCCACCUUCGGCUGCAGAGACUGGGAGGCAUUCCGCACGGCGGCCGGCUCCUACCUCGUCUACUCCAGCGCCAAGGAACCGCGCUCCCGCGUCCUGAAGCUGAGGACGGGCUGACGGCCCCCUGCACACCCCGGAGGCCUGGGGAAGCCCGUGGUCCCUGUCCCUAGCCCACACCUGGCAGGGACGGCCGCCCACCCCCUGCCCUGGGCACCGCGGGGUCAGACCGGGUGGCUGGCAGGCGGGUCUCGGAAGCCCCGGGCUGCCCUGCAAGGCUGUGCGUCCCGCGGGGAUUUCUCUUUGAGAGGAAAGUUCCCACCAGACGUUACCUCAGCGCCCGCGGGGUCCCCAUCGAUGGCCCUGGCCAGCCCUGGCGGAGCAGGCUCCGUGCGGAUGUUGUUUUCUACCAACUAUUUAUCGUGUCCUAUCUACACAGAAAUAUAUUUAUGGUGCUU